CUUUCAUGUUGUUGAUUUUUUCUUUUGAUUCUGUAUCAGGGAACUUAAAUAUAGCAUUUAUAAAAAAUUAUAUCAUGGCUUUAUCAACAAACAGAUCUGACUUAUAUAUAUUUGGCAACCUUGUGUUUGGUUUUGCAUGUAUACUUAGUGAAAUUUAUAAUGGGACCUUGUGUUUAAAGAACAAAGGUUGAAAGUAUGCACUUCAUGAAUUGAUUAGAUUCUGGUCUGGGCAUCCGAAAAAGAUGAUCUUAUGGUUAAAAGAUCUCAGUGCUUAGGCUUUAGGGUUGGGAAAACUGUCUUUCCCUUCCCCUUUCUCUUUACAAUUCUUCAGUUUUAUGCUUACGAAUGUUAAUAUUGUCCCCUUUCUCAUGAAAACUUCAAUAAAUGCAUUGCCAAUAAAUGGGUUAGUAAAUUGUUUACGAAGAGUGUGAAGACAUAUAAGGAUUAAAAUGGUAAUACUCUUUUAUAUGAUAAAACGGUGAUGGAAAUUUCUAAAUAUAUAGUGUAACAACCUCUCGAGGAAAUAGUUUUGAACAACAAUUAAAAAUGUGACAUACUUUACGACUAUUGAUGUUAUUUACAAUUAACAUUGGCAGAAACUAAAUUCAAAAGCUUAGUAGGAUUGAAAGCGUUGAUGUCACUAUACGAAGUUCAAGUGAGAUAUGGACUUGGUCAAGGUUGCUACUGAUCUAGUGCGGCUUCACGUUGAUGGGGAGAUUGUGGGAGAGAAGCCUCUGACUUCCUCAUCAAGCAGUGACUCCAACUCACAUGGUUUAAGAAGAGUGUCUUUGGCUGGCGCUGAUGGAGAUGAUGAUAGGUUCCAUGGUUAUGUCCAUGGUCUGGAAUUCCUGCAUAAAUCAUCAUCUAUCAAAGACCAUUUUGUUAAGGAUCCGCCUCUGCAAUUAUCCAUUGAUGGCUCAAGUGCCUCUGAGAUUGAAGAAGACAAUGAUGGUGUUUGGAGUAUUGUUGGUGGCAAGGCAUCUUGUCGUAGGAAUUUUUCCUUGGAUGUAAUCUUAUUGGAUGUCUUUGGCAAGCGUGAGCGUGAGCUCAUGAACAAGGAAAUGGAGGUUGUUGCUUCACUUAUUUAUGCUGACAACGGGACACCUGUCGAGAAGCCAAAUGAUGCCGAAGCUCCCCUUCUAACAAGUUAUGAUGGAAUUGAGUUUGCUUGUUGUGAUAGACCAAGUAAACUAAUCAAUGGUCGUGCUUCCUUUAAGCUCAAGAUAUCCCAGCUUUCAUCUAAGUGUGAUAAUAGGCUUUUCCGCAUUAGGUUUGACAUUCCAAAAAUGGGGAGAUAUCCUUUCUUUGAGACAUUCUUUGGUCCAAUUCGUUGCGUUUCACGGAAUCGUAAUACACGGGCUUCUUCUCUGAUGUGGAAAAAAUCAAACUCUGGCAUCCAUUUACUCGGUGCAUCUCCGUCUUCUGGGUUGGAUAAUGGAUCCUUAGAACUUCUGUACAAUAUUGUAAAUGAAGCAAAAUUAAACCCAUCAUCAAAGCGGAUGAAAUUAGGACAAGAAAAUCGAUUAGCAACUUGUAAGGCUGAUCUCACCAUGGACCGAACUGAUGAGGAAUGCAACUCUCGUGCCUGGACAGCUGAUGAGGAUGAUAAUGCAUAUGGAACUUGUUUAGAGAGGAGACCAGAAAACCAUGAAGAGACAGACAACUCCCCAUCUGAUUCAGAGAGUAUUGAAGGAAGAAACUUGGACUUCAAGAGCAUGUCUGGUAAUAGGUGUCCGGUUACAGAUUUGGCUAUCUUCAAAUACUGCCUGGGAGGAUUAAAUGAGAGGGCUCUUUUGCUCAAGGAGAUGGCAACAGCAGCUUCUGAAAAAGAACUUGCAAACUUUGCACAGCAGGUUUCCCUGUACUUGGGAUGUUCCCAUCAUGGGCACCAAAUAAUAAUUGCAAAGAAAUUGGUAGAGGAGGGAACAAAAGCUUGGGAGCUGAUCUCACAGAAUAACCCCAAUGUUCAUUGGGAGAAUGUGGUUUCUGAGAUAGAACAGCGUUUCAGGAAGAUUGUGUGUUGCAGUUCCAGAUCUUUAACACAACAGGACUUGGAGCUUCUGAGGAGAAUUGCUGGGUGCCAGGAGUUAGUGGCCCGAGAAAACUUUGAGAAGAUGUGGUGUUGGCUAUACCCAGUAGCUUUUACAUUAUCAAGACACUGGGUAAAUGCAAUGUGGAAUUCUGCAUCUCCUAAGUGGAUAGAAGGAUUUAUUACAAAGGAAGAAGCAGAGUCUUCACUUCAAGGUCUUGGGGGUCUUCAAGAUCCUGGGACAUUUGUACUGCGGUUUCCUACUUCAAGGAGCUGGCCCCACCCAGAUGCUGGUAACUUGGUUGUGACUUACAUUGGUAGUGAUUAUAACAUUCACCACAAGUUGCUGUCACUUGAUUUCAUUUUCAGUUCUGGGGAAAAGGAAUUGAAUUCAAUACUAUUGCAAGAUAUGCUACUUGCAGAGCCUGAGCUCUCCCGACUGGGCAGGGUUAUUAGAAGUCACUAGGUUGCUUGCUGCAUAGUUGAUGUAUAUCCUUUUCCGGGAAAAAGAAGUGACUUUUUCGAGCAUCAGUUUUCUUAUUGGUUCCUUCCAUUUUCUUCUAUUGGGGUUUGGCUUUGUAUAUGUGUUCUAAUGUAUAUUAUUAUUCUCUUUAUAUUUAAAUAACCGAAAUAUCUACUAUGGGAAUCCUUAUGGCUUUCCUUUUGAGACACUUUACAGACAGCUGUGAGAAUGUAGAGGCAACCUUAUUAACUUUGAUUUUAAUUAUAAUUAAAUUAAUCUGGAUGUGAUCUUGAAUCACAUGAAUUUCGGAUAUCA